AUAGUUUCAAAUUAUGUUUUGAUUUGCUAAAAGAAAUUAAUUAUACUUUAAAUGUAUGAUAUAUUUCUCUAAGAUUUAGAUAAAUCUAUUAUAAAAAUGGAAAAUUCAUUCUUUGAAUAUCGGGAUAAAACUGGAGUAGGAAGUGAUUCUGAUACUGAAUUUAUUGAUAAUAGUUUAAUGGAAGAAUCGUUUACUCCAAAAACACCGGGAAAGAAAAAUCAGACUGCUUUCGUUCCUGAAUCUGACGAUUCUCUUACAGGAGGAGAGUCUGAAGAAGAGAAUGCAUCUAACAAUGUAUCAAAAACAAUCACAAGACGAAGUAGUGCCCAAAACUAUCAUAUAAUCUUGAGUAGUGAUGAUGACCAAAGCAAAAGUGGGAGUAUAAGAAAAAAGUUAAGUUCAUCGAAGAAAUUAGUAGUCAGCUCGUCAGAAGAUGAAGAGCAAGUCUCUCCAGAAAUCAUACCCAAACGACGUCCAAGAAUUAAAGAAACCAGCAGAUCGUCCGAUUCUUUUAUUAUACCAGUGCGUAAAACCAAAAAGAGAAUGAUCCUUGAUUCGGAUACCGAAAAUUCUAUUAUCAUAGAGCACGACAAAAACAAGAAAUUGGCUUGUUUGAAAGAUACUCCGUUGAAAAUUGAGGAUACCAAAAAAAAACUUUAUCAAAUACAAAAUAUGAGUUUCGAGAGUAAUGUUAGCAUUCAAAUCAGCGACGACGAUGAAGAUGAUGAUGAGAAUGAAAGUAGUGUUAAAUCUCAAGAAAGUGAUAGCAAUGAAGACCAAGCUGAACUUGAAACUGACAUAAAUGUAGAUGACAAAAAAAUUGAGGAUACCAAAAAAAAACUUUUUCAAAUACAAAAUAUGAGUUUUGAGAGUAAUGUUAGCAUUCAAAUCAGCGACGACGAUGAAGAUGAUGAUGAGAAUGAAAGUAGUGUUAAAUCUCAAGAAAGUGAUAGCAAUGAAGACCAAGCUGAACUUGAAACUGACAUAAAUGUAGAUGACAAAAAAGUUGAUGAUAUUGUUCAAAGCAAUGAUGAAAAUGAUGAUGACGAAUCUAAAAGCAUAAACGAUGCUGAUGAAAAUUUAGAUGAUGGUAGUAAGAAUAGAGUAAGCACAAGCGAUGAAGGCCCCGAUGAGGACCAAAUGGUGAUGUCGCGCGCAACACGAAUGAGUAUCAUGGGUGUGAUACCGAAGGAACACGAUAGUGACGAUUCUGACUUUAUACAGUAUGAUGAUACAAAUCAGACAUCACGUGCCAGUUCCGCGGCGAGUUUGUCGGAUUCACGGAAUUUGGAGACGAGUGUAAAUAAAACACUACAGCUAGAGCCAGAUGUGGACGAAGCUUCUAGAAUAUCUUGUUCGCCCAUAAAGAGCCCCCUCCGCGAUAUAACCAAUGAAAUCGACGAUUCUGUCAAAGAUGAUCCAAAAGCAUAUAGUCCUGAAAUAUGCGAUUUAACUAGAUCUGAACCUUCUGGUAUUAGAAAUAAGGUGCUUAAUAAUUUGAGCAAAGUAAGCAAUGUCGAAUACAAAGAGAAUAAAAUCGACGAUGACAUCACAAUCAUAGACACGAAACCGGAAAUCAUAGCGUUGAGCAGCGACGACGAGGAAGAGAUAAAAGAUGAAAAGAAAUCACCCAAGAUAAAGAAGAGUCCCAAAGGGAAAACCGAAGAGGCAUCUGUACAGCGAGUGAGCAGUGAUAUUAAACAGUACCUCCUGCCGCCGAGCUAUCCCAACCAAGUCGUGUACGUCAAGAAACAUGUACGAGAAAAUGAACUCAGUAAACUUAACGGACUUAGGGAGGAUUUGCAGAAUAUCAGGUACUUGCUGGAGAACAUGGAUGUGGCCACGCUGCCGGACGGCGGGGUCAAGCUCAUCGAGCGACUCACGGCGCUGGAGGCCGACGUGCGGCGCCAGGGGGACAAGGUCGCCGCCAUGGUCGUCGAGCCCGAUGAGCCCACAGCAGAGGACGUGGCCAAGGAUGGCUUCGCGAACGAAGACAAGGGCCUGUCGUGGGACGACAUCCAGAAGGCCAGCAACGCGGUGCAGCCGCGGAUGUUCGGGCGCCAGGCGAUGGCGACGCACAUGGCGGAGCGCAACCUGAUCCUGGAGCGCCUGCGCGACCUGCACGCGGCGCUGGCGUCGCGGCCGCCCGAGCACGCGCACGCGCCGCAGCCCGCCGCCGUGCGCAGCGCGCUCAUGCCGCACCAGCUGCACGCGCUGGCCUGGCUGGCGUGGCGCGAGACGCAGCGCCCGCGCGGCGGCGUGCUGGCUGACGACAUGGGUCUCGGCAAGACGAUUACAAUGAUAUCUCUGAUCGUGAGUGAUAAGGAGAAAAAUCUCGAUAACGAAGACGAAGACGAUGAUCCAGAUAAGGGUCGACUGGCGCAGGGCGGCACGCUGGUGGUGUGCCCCGCGUCGCUGCUGCAGCAGUGGGCGGGCGAGGUGAGCACGCACUGCGGCGCGCACGCGCUGUCCGUGUGCGCGCACCACGGCGCCGCGCGCGCGCUGCAGCCGCGCCGCCUGGCCGCCGCCGACGUCGUGCUCACCACCUACAACAUCCUGCAGCGCGAGAGCGAGAAGGGCGGCGUGCUGACGCGCGUGUUCUGGCGGCGCGUGAUCCUGGACGAGGCGCACGCCGUGCGCAACCACAAGGCGGCCACGUCGCAGGCCGUGUGCGCGCUGCGGGCGGCGCGGCGCUGGGCGCUCACGGGCACGCCGCUGCACAACAAGGACCUCGACCUCUUCGCGCUGCUCAAGUUCCUGCGCUGUACGCCCUUCGACGACCUCGCCAUGUGGAAGAAAUGGAUCGACAACAAGAGUCAGGGCGGUCAGGAGCGCCUCAACACGGUGAUGCGCUGCAUCAUGCUGCGACGCACGAAGCAGCAGCUGCAGGAGCGCGGACAGCUCAAGUGUCUGCCGCAGCGCACCGAGCACCAGCAGGACGUGACCCUCGACACCGACGAGAUGAACGUCUACCAGAAGGUGCUGGUGUUCUCGAAGACACUGUUUGCUCAGUUCCUGCACCAGCGCGCAGAGCGCCAGGCCGACGCGCAGGGCUUCCUGCCGCCGGGCAAGGACAGCCAGUAUGCGAAGGUGCACAAGCAGAUGAUCGCACUGCAGGGUGCGAAACCCGUGAAAUCUCACGAGAUCUUGGUUUUGCUGUUGCGUCUUCGACAGGUGUGCGGACAUUGCGGCCUCAUUGCCAGCAUGCUGGACCCUGACGAUGCGCCAGUUGACGAGGACCUGGGCAGCAAAGAUCUUCUGGCUGAGCUCAAUAAACUCACUUUGGACGAUUCGCGUUCAAGACGGAAGAGUGGUGAAAAGAAAAAGGAGGAGGAAGAAGAAGAGGAAGCGGAGGGCACGACGGCCGCCGAAGCCAUCCGCUCCGUACUGUCGCCCAACAACCCCGUGUUCGACCUGCAACGGAGAUCUGCCAAGAUACGGGCCGUCAUGGAAUGUCUACAGGAAAAUGUCUUCAAAAAUAAGGGCGAGAAGGCGGUGGUGGUGUCGCAGUGGACGUCCGUGCUGGCGCUGGUGGAGCGCGAGCUGCGCGCGGCCAAAGUGCGCUGCGUCACGCUGAGCGGCCGCGUGCCCGUGCCCGCGCGCCCGCCGCUCAUCGCCGCGCUCAACGACGCGCGCUCCGACGUGCGGGUCAUGCUGCUCUCGCUGUGUGCGGGGGGCGUCGGUCUGAACCUGGUCGGCGCGAAUCACCUGCUCUUGCUGGACCCGCACUGGAACCCGCAGCUGGAGCAGCAGGCCCAGGACCGCAUCUUCCGCGUCGGCCAGACCAAGCACGUUCACAUAUACAGGUUCACGUGCUUGGACACCGUUGAGCAGUCCAUCAGACAGCUUCAGAAGGCGAAACUGGAGCUAGCGGACAACGUGCUCACCGGAGCGAAGAACAAUACCGCGUCGAAACUUACCAUUGAAGACCUCAAGUUACUUUUCAAUAUGGGCCCGCAAUCUACCUCAUGAAGUUAACAAAUGUCAUGUAAAUAAUGUAUAAUUAUCAUUUCUCUUUCCUUCUCUCGCGGUCUCUUCGCGGUUGUUGUAUUAAGUGUUGUACCACGAAAGAUUGGUCUUAUAUCGAGGAGGCCCAAACAACUUCGACCCUAUCCGUGUCGUAAUUUCUUAAAUUCUGUAAUAGAAUGGUUUACUUCAAAUUAUGUUAUUCUAAAAUUAUUAAUUACUUAUUGCUUAUGUUUUAAGUGUUAAAAAUAAAAUGAUUAAUAAGGAAAAGACGUUAGGUCAAAAUAUAACUUUUUUUUUUAAAUUUUGUGACAUUCCCAGUAUGUAUCGUGACGAAAAUCGCAUUCCAAAGUUAUUUUCAUUUACAUCUAAAAAUAUUCAUCUGUCAAAUUCAAAUGCUCAUAUUUUAAUAAUUAACCAUGUUAUGAUAAAUUUAAAC